AUGCCGAACCGAGCAGACCGCUGUGAAGAUGUGAAGGGUGUGGCGGAUCGUCGUCCGGCAGAGCUUGCUCUGUCGGCGACCCCAUCCGGCCCCCCAACGGCAACAACCCGGCAGAUGGACAUGGACCACGAGUCGGACAGCUCUACGGACCGGCGCAGUCGUUAUGCGACCUCAGCCACGGCUGAGGCAGCGAGUGGUUCGGCGGACGGCUUGUCGGCGGGGCCUGCCCCGUCGGCGGCCGCUAACCGCCGGCCACCUACGACUGUCCGGCCCAGCAGGAACGGAGAUACGCAGAGGAGCCGACGGGCACUUUCGGCGGAUGGGGGCUUGCCCCUGCACGCCUACGCCCGCGUACUUGACGUUGGCGGCCCGUCGGCGUCGUCCUGCGCUACCAAGGAAAACAGCAGCGCGGCCACAGUGCUGGCCGUUCAGCAACCGAGGGCCGAAACGGAUGCUUCGGCAACUGUUCCGGAGCAAACCAAGUCACUGGCGCCAGUGGCUUCAAUGGAUGCAGCGCAUACGCCGGAGGCAGAAAGGCAGCUUGCCUUCCUGAUGGGACUCAUCCCAGGCACAAAACCGGCAGCUGAAACCAUGGAGGUGGAAAAGCACUCGCGCAAGCGGCCUGCCGACGCGAGUGCUGCCACCACCUGCAAGAGGUCUGCCACUAGCUCGAACAGCAGCGCACCCACGCUCCGCACACAGCGGAAAGCAUCGAGGAAGGGUAACAAGACCCUUCCCCCGACCGCUGACGAUGAGGGCUUCACACAGCCCUCCCGCAAGCACACAGCCAGAGCUGUCGUGCUCGCCCAACAGUCGGCCAUCAACACCGGCAACCGGUACUCCGGCCUCUCAAAUGACGCUGGAGAGCCCAUGGAGAGCCAACAGCAGAGGAAGUCGCCCCCACCGCCCCCUGUGGUCAUCAAGUGGACCGGCGGCUUCAAAGAGUUCCGAGAGAAAAUCAAAGCGGCACCCGCCAAGUCAACUGAGCAGCGUCCUGCCGACGCCGCCGUCGAACGGGGGCGUGGCAACCAGUCCGAGCCUGCUCCAGAGGCGGUAGUCGCUCACGGGCGCGGACCGCCGAGAGAGCAGCCUGCAACAGCGAGGGGCGGCCGCCGGCGCGGUCGGCGGAGGGAGCGUCCUGCCCGCGAGACGCCAGCUCCACAGCCUGCUGUUCGAGACCAGGCAGCGGCACCACCCCCAGGCACUGACAGGACUUCUGCAGCGAGUGUCGCGGAAGAACUACGUGUACUCUCUUUCAAAAUGAGUAAACGAUAUGAUCUAGAAAAUACUAAGAAUUUGGAAGAAGUACAUCGCCUUCUUCUCGACGACGAGGUAUCCAUUGAUGAUGAUGAUGAUGAUGAUGAUCUUGCAGAAACUGAUUCAGAAACCGAAGAUAUACUCGAAACACGAUCUGUAGGCUCAGACACAGAUCACGAAUUUGAUGAAGAGGAAAAUAAUGAAGCGCAGGAAACUGAUGAACAUUACUAUUUUGGUCAGUAG